CUCAAGCGCCGUUUGUGGGAACCUUCGCCAUGGCUUCCGAAGCUUGUGCUGGCCGUGGAAGCUUCCAUGCAGCUGCUGGUGCGUGAGUUUGCGCCCCAUGGAGGUGCUGGGCGUGCUGCGUGCAGCAAUUGCCGGACUCCGGCAUGAGGAGGCGGAGAGGCUUCUCGAGGGGCCGGAAGCGGAAGCUCUGCUGAAUGCGGAUGACGAUGGGCAGACGCUGCUGCACCAAUGUGCUGACUCGCUGGGCGGUGCAGACGACAUCCAUGGUCGAGGUCAUCUCAUGGUGUCGUUGCUGCUGCGCAAGGGCGCCAAUCCUUGCAGCCUCAACAGCCUGGGCGAGUCGCCGCUGACCUUGGCAGCUCGCGCAACGGCCUGUGCCUUCGCAACAGCCCAUGAGGAGUUGCCAAGAGACAGGCUUUUGCCGGUACGUCGGUUGCUGGAAGCCAGAGCCGAUCCUGAUGCAGCAGAUGACCUCACAGGUGAAACUCCACUAAUGGAGGCGGCUUGCGGCGGAGACUCUGAGCUGUGCCAGCUGCUCUUAGAGUCAAACGCCGACCCAACCAGGUUGAGCGCAGCUGGCAAGCUGGCUCGAGACUUCGUUCCGCCGGAUGACCCUUGCAGAGAAGCCCUGCUGGUUUUGCUGGCGCCGCGCCCCUCACAGCCCAGCGUGCCAGAAGAGCAGCAGAAGCUCCAGCUGCGGCAGGCCGUGCUUGGCUCGCAGCCAGCACGGGCACGGCAGCUCAUCAGGGGCCUGCCGGAGAUUUCGGCCGCCUGGUCCAUACAGGAUGAGGAUGGCAUGAGCCUCCUGCACCUGGCGGUUCUCACCCAGCCCUCUGACCGAGUCUUCGCAACAGUGGCGUUGUUGCUGCAGUACCGCGCGGAGGUGGACGCACGCAACCUGCUCGGGGAGACGCCGCUCAUGUUGGCAUGUCGCGCCGCUAUGGAGCGGCCUGAGGGGCAGACAGGGCCAUGGCUGCGCCCCGUGCGCAAGCUCUUGGAGGCGCGCGCAGACCCCGAUGCUGUAGACUUCUCCGGGGAGCCUCCGCUCAUCGAAGCCGCGUGCUGCGGAGACCUGGAGCUUUGCCAGCUGCUGCUGGAGGCCGGCGCCGACGCCGGCCCGCAGAGCACCGUGGGCAUCACUGCCCUGGGCUUUGCGGAGGGUGAGGGGCACAGAGAGGUGGCGGAGCUUCUCAUGCGGCGCCUGGACGUGAGUCCUGCCAAGGAGCCGCAGAUCAAUGGCUGGCGCGGAGUCCAGGAUUGCAAAGAGUUCAGCACGCUGCUUAAAGCAAGCCUUUUCAAGGAGGGAGAAGAAGAGGUGGGACAUACGGGCCAAAGCAUUGUUGAAGAACAUCAGGAAGCAAAGCAAGUGCUGCAGACAGAAGCCAAGGUUGAAGCGGAGCACGAAGAAGAACGGCAUGGUGCGGAAGCACGUCAAAAAGCAGAGGAAAGGCCACGGAUGGAUGCAUCGCCUGCAGAAAGGCAAGCAGCAGAAGCCAUUUGGAAGGAGAGUGUGGAAGGAGAAGCGAGCGCCAAGGCAAAGGUGCAGGAGACAAGCGAUGAGUCCGUGGAAGCGGAUCCCGGAAGGAGUGAAGAAGAAGCCCAUGGACUCCCCAAGGGAAGUGAAGGUGUUGAGCUGGUGCCUGCUGGGCAUUCUGGGCCCAUCCUGCAGAAGGAAGUGCCGCGGGCGCGAGCCCAGGAGGCAACGCCCAGGCUGGCACCAAAGCCGCCCCCUGCGCCCGUGCCAGCGCCAGUGGCGCCGGCCACACAGCCUGCGCACCCAAAGCUGGUGCACAAUGCACCGAAGGUGCCUCAUGGCUGGGGAUUCGGGCCAUACACGGGAUAUCGUGCACCCAUGGCCAAGCAGGCCCCAGAGGCAACACGGCUGAACUCGCCGUAUGCCUACUCAAAGCCAGUUGCGUCCGCGAGACCUCAAACAAAGGCAACAGCAAAGGCCAGAAAUGUGAAGCCCAAACCCCCCGAGCCGGAAAGCGAUGAAGAGACUGACUGCGGGCCCCGCGUGCGGAAAGCCAUGGACCAGUUCCCAGGCUACAGCGGGGAGAUGCCACCGGUGGAGGCGGAAACUACAUGGUCGGAUCAGGACCUAUACAACUACUUCUUUUCCAGCGGCUUCAUCAAGCCGAAGAAGAAGACCGGCAAGCCGAAGCCGACGCCGCAGCAGAUGGAGCAGUACUACCACGUGCUGAACCUAAGGCCCGGCGCCAAGGCUGCGGCCGUGAAGAAGUCCUUCCGGCAACUGGCCCUCCGCUUCCAUCCGGACAAGAACCAAGACAGUCCGGAGGCAACCAUGAAGUUUCAAGAGAUCACAGAGGCUUAUGAGGCGAUUUGCCGAGCGCUAGAAUGCAAAGGGAUGGCGGACACGCAAAAAAAGAAGUGGAUGGACGAAAUCCGUUCGCACCACUUUGAAACCAUGGGAAGCCAUUGCUUGUUGGUACUACCGGGGAAUCGUCAUUCAGGGUUUCUUUGGUGGUGCAGGAUUUCGUCCAUCCACAGUAUGUCAAACAUGCACAUGUCUGAUUCAAUUUGGAUGCUUUGCCCCGAGUGCUCGCAAGACUGCGCAGGCGCUGCCACUGUGCGGGUGUAUGACGCCGGGCGGCCCAGAUGGCGGAGAGCCUGCCACGUGAUAUCUAGUGGGUUUAGCACAAACACAUCAAGCCUCUGGGCCGAUUCAAGGUUUCCUUUCAACGAGCAAUGCAGGGACCUGUGUCGUGCGGAUUUGUUUGAGGCCAAAGCUCGUGCCUAG